CGGAGCCAGUUUCUGAUUCCCAUUCAACAUUAAGGUGAAACUGGGCGCGCGGCUGCUUGCUCACUAUCCCGGAAGUGUUUCGAAAAAGGUUAUUACGUUGGGCCACAUAUUUCACCUGAUGGGAAACCUGAUGGUUCAGAUCCGACUGAAGCGUCAACACGCGUCGCUCGCUCCCUCCCUCGCCGCCGCUGCCUCACAUCCUGGUUCCCACCGGUUCGGUCCGACAUGAAAAGAAACGGCGCGUACAGGUUCCUGUCCGUCUUCUCGUGCUUCGUCGUCUGCGCCUUCUUGUUUUUAUUUUGGUCCUUCAUAUUUUACUCGCUGAUGCGCGCGCCAUAAAACCACGCGACGACGUUCGUGUCGCGCUGAGCUAGCCGACGGUUAGCCUGUCGGGCUAACUACCCACAGUGCACUGCUUUAUUGACAAGUCACCGCCUGUCACAUGAUCAGCCGCACCCGGAAGUGAGGAUUUCUGAUAUACAGAGCCUGCGAGGAACCUACAGCUGUUUCAUUUGCACAGCUGGUAACCCGUUGGCGAAGUUGUGAUGGCGUCUGACACCAGGGGAGCGGCGGACUCUGCUGCAGACCUCAAGCUGCAGUUUGCUCCCUUCAGCAGCGCCCUGGAGGCAGGUUUCUGGCACCAGCUCACUCAGAAGAAGCUCAAUGACUACAGGUUGGACGAGAGCCCCAAAUGUAUCAAAGGAUACUACUACAAUGGUGACCCAGUGGGUUUGCCCACACGCCUGACUUUGGAGUUCAGUGCAUUUGAUGUGGACGGUCCGACCCCAGCCCGUUGCUGUCCAGCUGUUGGAACGCUGUACAACACCAACACACUUGAUGCCUUCAAGACCGCUGAUAAGAAGGCUCUGCUGGAGAAAGAGGCCAAAGAGAUAUGGGAUGCCAUACAGUCUGGGGCUGCAGCGAAGGACCCUUCCAUCCUCUGUAGAUUUAUUCUGCUGACAUUUGCAGACCUGAAGAAGUACCAUUUUUAUUACUGGUUUUGCUUCCCUGCUCUCUGUUUCCCAGAGGGCAUAAAGAUUGUCAAGCCACCUUCUGUCCUCGAUCAAGUUUUCUCAGCAAAACAGAUCGCAGCCUUGCAGGAGGCCUUUGACGACCUUUGGAUCAAAAGAGGGACCAGUGCAGUUGCUUACUUCCUAAUGAAGUACACAGAUGACACUGUUCAGUUGGCUCCCCUUGGGGACUGGGACACAUUCUUCACUGACACUAAGAAGGUAACUGUGGGUGUCUAUGAUCCAUGUACUCUGUCUCAACAUCCGGGCUGGCCGCUCAGAAAUCUACUGGUCCUCUUAGCGAACCGAUGGGGGUCUAAGCUGGACACAGUGGAGGUGCUGUGUUUUAGGGACAGAACUCUGCAGGGAAGCCGCUCCAUUCAGCACAGCCUCAUCUUCCAGGUCAAACUACCUGAACUGUCCAACAACUCCGCGUGUCCCAAGAGUGUCGGUUGGGAGAAGAAUCCUAAGGGUGCCAUGGGACCCAGGAUGGUGAACCUCAGCGAAUGCAUGGACCCUAAAAGGCUUGCAGAGUCCUCCGUGGAUCUGAACCUGAAGCUAAUGAGAUGGAGGUUGGUUCCGUCCCUCGACCUGGAGAAGGUGGUCAACAUAAAGUGUCUUCUACUGGGAGCUGGGACUCUGGGCUGCAAUGUCGCCAGGACUCUAAUGGGAUGGGGAGUGAGACACAUCACAUUUGUAGACAAUGCCAAGAUCUCGUACUCCAAUCCCGUGCGGCAGCCGCUCUACGAGUUUGAAGACUGUCUCGGAGGAGGCAAGUCCAAAGCCAUGGCUGCUGUCGACCGACUCACCAAGAUCUUUCCAGGCGUGAAUUCAGAGGGCUACAAUAUGAGCAUCCCCAUGCCCGGCCACCCGGUGAAUUUCUCCGAGGCCACUCUCUCCCAGGCCCAGAGGGACGUCGAGCAGCUGGAGAAACUCGUCUCCGAGCACGAUGUGAUUUUCUUACUCAUGGACACAAGGGAGAGCCGCUGGCUGCCGACAGUGAUCGCUGCCAGCAAGAGGAAGCUAGUGGUGAAUGCUGCUCUAGGCUUUGACACAUUUGUGGUGAUGCGCCACGGGCUGAAGAAACCCCCCGUCAGUCCGAAUGUUUCCGCAAGGGGCGACUCUUCCCCUUCCUGCUCCUCUGCCUCCUCUUCGUCCUCCACGCCAGCCGGCUCCGCGCCCUCCGUCCCAGCAUCCUCUCUGUUCUCCAACAUCCCAGGACACAAGCUGGGCUGCUACUUUUGCAAUGAUGUCGUGGCCCCAGGCGAUUCUACCAGGGACCGGACUCUGGAUCAGCAGUGCACUGUCAGCAGACCAGGUCUUGCCAUGAUUGCUGGAGCCCUGGCUGUUGAGCUGAUGGUGUCCAUUCUGCAGCACAGUGAAGAAGGCUAUGCAGUGGCGAGUAGCAGUGAUGACCGAAUGAAUGAACCUCCCACUUCGCUGGGUCUAGUGCCACAUCAGAUCCGAGGCUUUCUUUCGAGGUUCGACAACGUCCUGCCCGCCAGCCUGGCGUUUGACAAAUGCACCGCCUGCUCACCCACUGUCCUGGAGCACUAUGAGAGGGAAGGAUUCAACUUCCUGUCCAAAGUUUUUAAUUCCUCCCACUCCUUCCUGGAAGACCUGACAGGGCUGACAUUGUUGCACCAGGAGACCCAGGCAGCAGAGAUUUGGGACAUGAGCGAUGACGAGAGCAUCUGAAGGACGGGACGAACGAAUCCUCAGCCACCGGAGGACGGGCCGCCGCUGCACUCUUCCAAUGGAUCUCAACAUUUACGAAGGGCGAGGGGGAGUGAAAGGCUUUUUUGGACGCACAUCAUCGAAUUCAAGUAAAUCACAGUAAACUGUUUCAUGCUGAAUAAGCUUUUAAAUUGCUAUUAGUCAGCAUUUGGAUUCAGGAUCAGAGAUCGGAGUUGGACCUUCACAAGUCGAUAUUCCACAUUAUUUCUUUGCCGUCUUAACGAUCAGUCACAUUCGCUCACGGUUUGGAAUCGGCUCCGGUCCUCGAGCUACAAACGCCACAUUACACUCUGCAUUAGUAGUAACUGUCUCUUUAUCAGCACACGUCCUGGAUUUGCUGAAGAGCCUUUUGGCAACGAUUUCCACGUUCUACAUCUGCUCGCUCAUUCAGUUUGGAAAAGGAUGAAUUACAAAAGUCACUAGACGACUCAGCACAUCCGUCCGUCUCCCCGUGUGUUUGUCUGUCAUACAAACAGGAGUUCAUUCUAAAACCAGCUUUUGUUUUGUUGUGAAGCGUCACUCUGAGAUAACAUGCACAGAUGUUACGAUACGGCAACUGAACACUGACUAUUUACUGUUACUUUAGAACAACCUGCAGCCACAGCUGCACAGUUUCCUCUCAAAGAUCCACCGGAGAAGCUGAAGGUCUUUAUGUUUUUGUAACGUGUUGACACAUGCAUGUGCUCUUCUGUACAACUUUUCUUUGUUCUUUUUACUCUGUGCCCUGCGUCUAAUCUGCAUAUGUCGAAUUUACACUUAAAAAAAAAUGUAACUUGUGUAAUAUGUUCAGUGUUAAGAGAAGUAUGUCAACAGCAGCUCGAUACUCGUGGAUGAGGAUUAGCACAAAGUCGAGAUUGAAUGUCAGAGUUGUGAGAAAAUCUAUUUGAUUCAAUUCCACAGUUUUACACUUUUGCCUCCAGAUUUAUCAUCACACGCGAGAUUAAGCUCAGGAUUCAGACUUUGUUUUUCAUAAUUCUGUUUGUUCUAAGAACUGUUUUUGGUGCCCUGGUUCUCAUCUUUAAGUAUAUAACCGGAAAAAAAACUGGAAUAAAAUGUAUGUGAUUAAA